AUGAAUAACAUUAUUAUUCUCUUUUGGAAUGACAUCAAGUACAAAAACAACGAACUACACACCUUCGGACGUCUCAAAAACAUACACAUCAUUCUCCUCCAAGAAACUAAAUUAAACCCAUCAACCAUAUUCCACAUCCCAUACUAUUUGACCUAUCAUCAAGAUCGCCCACCAAAACCCAGAUCCCCAUCAAAGGGUGGUACUGCCAUACUUGUCCACAAAAACAUAAUCCACAACCAAGAGGACAUCAAGACUUCCCUUGAGUCAACUACAGUCACAAUCAAACCUGUAAAUGACCAAGUCCGUAUAACUUCUAUGUACAAAAAUCUAAAUUCUCCCUUGCUAACAAACGAACUGGACAUUCUAACAAAUCAGAACGGCCUCUUUCUAGCAGCUGGCGACCUUAACACAAAACAUCAGUCUUGGAACUAUCGCACCACAAACCAAACGGGCAGAUUUCUCCACCACCAUAUGGAAACAUCCAACACAUACUCCAUUUGCGCACCUGACACCCCAACACACUACUCCUACAAUUCUCUACACAGGCCAAAGAUCCUGGAUAUAGCACUUGUCAACCUCCCUCACAGAUAG